ACGGCAGUGGUGGGCAGGUCUUUUAUCUUAUCUGAACUGGCGUUUUGUUAAUUGUUAUAGUUUAAUAUUGGAAUCUGAAUUUCCACGAUGCUUCUUGUUUUGUUUGCUAUCUACAUCGUUCUGUUUACGCUGACUUCUUCUGAACUAAAGGUAAGCUGUAUUUUGAAUAUUUUCUUGAUGUCACUAAAACAAAUAGGAACAUUCCUAUACUACAAUCUGGGGUUUUAAAGAUAGGGUAUUGUCUGGUCUGCGCAUGCGUACAUAGGAGUUCUCCUGCCGUGAUAUAAACACUUUAAUAGGCAAUUGCAGCUUUGAAUGAUAGUUUAUUCGCAUUACAGUUUUGAAGUAUGUUUUGCAAUUCUUCAUUCAUUAAACAGAGAAUAGGAUAACGCGACGUUGUUAACCGCAAAAUCUGAGAAUAAAGUAGGUCGUUUGCAACUUGUCUCAAUCGCUAGCUGGAAAACAAAGUCUGUCGAAUAAGGUUGGUCUCACUUCAGUUACUCAGCCCAUUCAAUUUGCAUUUUUAAUAUUUGUCCAGCGGUUAGUUUUUACGACAUUAGCCUAUUUAACUCAAUAUAUAUAAGAAUACCGCACAACUGCCACUAGGCAAACAUUACACUAAAUAUUUGUUUUGUACUGCAACCAGAAAUUGAGGCAAAUUAAAAACGACUUACGGUACGUAUUCUCCGAUUUUGCGAGUCGCAUCAUCGCAUAAUAUAUUUUAUUGUUUACUGCAGAAGCGAUAUUUCAAAGGGUUAUGCAUCGAUGUUUGAAAUGAAUAAAGAUUAAAGAAAGUAGAAUAUUCAUGUCUGUCAUUUCUGGUCAUGCAUCCUCAAAAUUUUGGAGGAUGCAUGUUCGUCCAGGAUAAUAAAUUGAUGACGUUUUCUGACAAAAUAAGAACAGAGAACAUCGCUAGUUUAUUACAGUUCAUCCUAUAAUUUAGCAAAAUACAUAACAUCUCAAAAAUAGGAAAUUUACCGGUCCUGGUAUUAAAAGAGUUCCUUUUCUGACAGUCCGGAAGAAGUAUGACGUAUACUAACAUCCGCUGCAAUAAAAACUGCUUUUAUAGACAGUCAGUCUUCAAGGUCAGUUUCCUGAAAAAUGCAAUGAGACGAAUCAUGGCAAGUUAGUUGUUGUGAAAGAUCGUCAAAACAAUGACAAACUGUUGCUCUGUGCUGAGGAAAAUAAAGUUUUCGUCUGGAAAACAACUGAUGGUAAGGACACUGUUGUCUUGCACUAAACAAAUACCCACCAACUCACUUGGCCUUAUUCUCUCAAACCAAACAAUUAUCACUUGUUUGCUGAGCCCGAGAAAAACAAAGUGUUUUCUGGCGCCGAGACCGCCUUUGCCUCGGGCAACAAUGGGGGCCGAGAGGCCAUAAAACACCCUGUUAUCCCGAGAUCUCGGCAAACAUGUUUUACAUUAUACGGUAAGUGUCAAAGUCACAAUGAUUCAUGCCCUGGUAUUCCAAAACUGGAUUCUUAAUAAUAGGAUUUAGGGCACCUCACUUUUAAAUCCAUUCAAAUUAUAGUUAAUAUAUCGAGUGAGAUGCCCAAAAUCCUUAUAUUUACCCAUACACCAUACAUUGACAUCACCUUUUAGUAUUUAUAUAUGAACUUGUGGUUACGAGAGCUAGACAACUGUCUCUGUGUAGCUCAGUUGGUUAGAGCGCUGCGCCAAUCUCGCACCCAGAGAAUGCCCGUUCGCAUGUUAGUAUCAGACAUAGUUCUGAAGAAACCCUUUGAUUCACGUUGCAUUUGCAACGUGCUCUCGCUCAAACUGCCAAUCUAAUUCACAAGGGAUAAUUAUUGCAAUUUAUAUCACGAAUGUAUUAGAAUUACUCGUCGAAAAUUUGAUUUUUUGCAUGGAAAUCAGUUAUGAAAUACACUAAUAAAAAAUUAUGCCGUAAAAAAUACGGAAUUUUGGGUUAAAUGUAUGGGGAAACUGAACGUUGACAACUACCUGAAAAAUGCAAGACAAGAAUACAUAUAUACUGUAAUCUCCUGAUUCUCCCUAAAAAUGAGAGAAUGUUUGUGUUGUAAAAUGAAUCUGUCGUUGAAAACUGCACCUGUCAGAAUUUAUGUUAUACGUACGGUAGUGUUGAUUGAAGUACUUCUAGAAACCUAUAGAGUUUUUUCUCAAAUAAAACGGAUUUAUCUUACAGUGUGUCUCCUAAUAAUGUAUAAUCGUUCUUCAGGGCCGAACACGGGGAGAGGGCUUUUCCAAUUUUAUUGCAACAUUGUUAUUAUAAAUUAUGAAACAAAAUAUGUGCUUUCAAUCUCGUGAAUCAGAAUACGAUUCUGUGAGGGGCGGCCGUAAGCAUGCAUUUAACAGAUAAGACUGUGAAUCCAUUAACAUUUUAGCAUAUAGCUAAACUUCGAUCACUUGGAAUCUCCAAAACCUCCCUCGUGUGGUUUAAAAGUUAUCUCUCGGAUCGUCGCCAGCUUGUGCGCUUAGCAUCCCAAAAAUCAGAAUGUCGGACUAUCACACACGGAGUAUCGCUACCACAAGAAUCUAUUCUUGGUCCAAUCCUUUUUGGUAUAUAUAUAAAUGACCUUCCAGGUGCACCUAGUUCAAGCUCCUUGGAAUCCUUUGUAGAUGAUUCGAAACUGUUUCUUUCGUUCAUCGUUAAGGAAAUGGGAGACGCAGCAAAACGCCUCAAUGAAGAUGUACGUAGGGCAGCGAAUUGGUGUUGUAGCCACAGCCUUCUUAUAAACCCGGAAAAGACGAAGUUACUUCUUAUAGGCACUCGUCAAUUGCUGCUUACCCUACCGGGUGGCUUUCACGUUACAUUACUUGGUAAAUAUAUUUAUCCAGUCCCAAAAGGGCUUGGUAUUAUCUUGGAUAGCUUCCGGACCUAUGAUGACCAUAUUACAGAAGUUGUUUCCCAAUGAUUGGCUGCUCUUUGCCAAAUCAGUCGUGUGAAACAUUUGCUGGAUACAGAGACACUUAUUAUUGUAAUUAAUUAAAGCUUUAGUAUUGGGUUGUAUUAUUGCUCAUCGGUGUGGUCUAGAUCUAAUACUUCAAAGAAAAACACUAAUAAAUUGCAGAGUGUGCACAAUUUUGCAGCACGGUUAGUUACAAACACCAGAAAAUUUGAUCGUAUAACACCUGGUUUGUCAGAAUUGAACUGGUUACCAGUAAAUAGUACGUUGAAUGUUAAGGAUGCUGUAAUGACUUUUAAAUGUCUAAAAGGCUUAGCCCCAACAUACUUAUCAGAAAAGUUUAAACAACGAUCACAGUUACAUAACUGUAACAUUAGAAGUAAAGAUACAUUACAAACUCCGUUUUAUCAUAGUGCCCCUGACUAACGUAAUUUUAUAUACAUACAGAGGCGUAAAAAUUUGGAACGAUCUACCUGACACCAUAAAGUGUAUCGACUCUGUGACUAGUUUUAAAUUAGCAUAUAAGGAGAGAUUUGAUGUGUUGAAAGUGUUCUGCGUGGAUUUGGAUUUUGAAAUGUGGGCGUGGAUUUCUGAGUUUUCGAGUGUGCUAGGUUCUUUUACACGUGUCUACAGACAGUAGAGUGUUUUAGCAACAAAGGCGCUUAGGCAACCUGGACAUGAAAAUUGGUAAACUGCGGAGCGAGCUUUUAUAUUCAUCGGGUGUCUUGUCUUUGCAGGGCAGGAAACAAUUGGAAUGCGCAGUCCGCCAGUGUAAAGUAAAUUUACACGAACUUUUUAGUAAACGGAAAGUUUUCUUGAUGAACUUUUCGGUCAGAAUACCAUAUUUGCCAAUAAAAGGCAAUCUAGAGCUUAUCCAUAUUUUCGGUACGUUUUCAGUGAUUGCAUUCUCUGUAUGGUCAACAUGUGCGGUGUUAUUGCUCGUUUCAGUAUGUGCUGUAAUUGUGUAAAUUAAAGGAAUUAGUUGAUAAGUUUCUUUUUAGGACACGAAUUUUUUCAUAGCAUUGAGCUCUGAUUGCAGUAGUUGUUGAUUCCAACAGAUUUUUUAGGCGCGGUUUAUCAAGGCUCUUAUCUACGGAGUUUGCUCGACCAUGAGGUGAAACUUGAGAAAUAAUAUUUCAAAUCCGACUAUGAGGACUGGAUUAGAUUUUAAGUCCGCACAAUUUGAUCAAGUCCGAGGCGAAGCCGAGGACUGGAUCAAAUUGCGCGGACUUGAAAUCUAAUCUAGUCCGAAUGGGAGGAUUUGAAAUGACAUCUCCUGCGAAUAAAUCACUAUUUAAUUAAUUUUGAUCCAGUCCAAGGACUGAAUUAAUUUUGAUCCAGUCCUAGGACGGAUCAAUGUACUCCAUCAGGUAUCCAGUAUAUAUGAACAAAAUAAAGCAAUAUGGUUGGCUAAUUUACUCAUGAAUUAUUAACGAGUUUGAGAUGUGCGUGUAUUUACCAUUUUACUGGUGUGUGUAGACUUGCGAAAAUAAUAUAUAUUUAAAUUUAGUAAUCACAUUAUAAUUUUCAGGUUCCAAUCCAACUGGAGAGUUUUUUAAUCCUGCUUAUGAUUGCUCAGAUGUUCUCAACAAAAAUGGCAAAGCAAAGGAUGGAUUUUAUUGGAUUACAUUAUCGGGAACUGUUCCAAAAAGGGUAGAUGUCGUUUUAUUUUGCGCUUGAAAUCCAGAAAUUGGUCUGUCGGGACGACAUACUAGGUGUCUCUUGGUGACGCAUAAAAAACAGAAGUACAACGAAAGAUCUAGUUUGGUCCACACAACUCAUUUUAUUACCAACACCAAAGCCUUGUUUUCGUGUUAAAAUAUUUAGGAAUGCGACUACAUUUCCACGCCUAUCAUUGCAAAAAUAUCAAAAUGUUAUAUUAGAAUUCUAGAACAAUUUCCCGCAGACCAAUCAAAGUGUCAGCAUUUGGAAAUUCUCGAUUGCAUGACGUUAGGAAUGAGUCUGUGGCAUUCCCGAAUGUUUUGACAUGAAAAGAUGACAAGCUUUUUAGACGAGAGGAAGGAUCCGCGGUUUUGGUGAUAUGAUAUAAUUUGUUCGAAAGUCAAUCUCGUACCCAGAGCCAGCGUUGAGUGUGCUCUGGGUACGAGAUUGCUCGAAAGUAUGACAGACUGCAUACAGUGAGGUGUCUGUUAGUAAGGCUAUGUGUCCUCACCUAAGGCUAAUGCUAAAAAAUGCCCUUGAUAACCGGAAAACAAUAUUCAGCAUAAAUAUUUCGAGAAAACAACACGUAACAUUUUCUCUUCCAGAUCUGGUGUGAUAUGAUUACUGACGGCGGAGGAUGGAUGUUGAUUGGCCGUACAAACAGCUCAAUCACGUGGACUGUACCAUCCAAUAAUACUCCAGUUGAACCAUUUGGAGAACCUCAUUGGUCCAGCUCACUUGGUGAUGCGCCAGUUGUCGACUUCCGGGUUCAGGUAGCAACACAAGAAGAUUUCAGUGCAACUAAAGCUCAUUGGUAAGAAGUAGUAAUGAAAGACAUUUGUAUUAUUUAUACGAUCUUGGCCGUAAAUUUUGCUAUUGAUGUAUUUUUAUCAUUAUUUUGUCUGCAAACAUACAUUACUCUUUUACGGUCCUUUGUACGAUACAGGGUUAUCCUGCUAUUUUAUUUUACAUAAAUCUAUCUCGAUAAUCUAUCUUUUUCUUGGUGGUGGUGGUGGUGGUGGUAAUAGUGAUGGUGGUGAGGUAAAGAUAUUAACAAAUAUUCCUCGCUCCUUUAAAAUCGAUUCAGGUCAUUCAGACUGCAAAACAAACGUCCACUAAAAAAUCUUUUCAUCGUGAAUGAAGGAGGAUGUGGUCGAUUAUCACCAGGAAUUGGACAUAUUUCGUAUGUUAAAGAUCUUCAGACUGAGGAAAUUGUUACCACAAAAUUUCGCUGCUCAAAUUUUGGUACAUAUUAUCUUAAAAACUCGAAACUUGGCUGGGUAAGUACAUCUAAUUGCCAUUUCGAAAUUUUAUAUACGGUAUUUUUAAGCAAUUCGUAUUAUUGAAAUUUUAUAUUCUGAAAUUGUAUUUUCCAUGUGAUUACGAAUUGCAAUACAAAAUCUUUGUGCCAUAAACUGUUCCAACCAGAGACAAUGUGUCCAGAUCUUUCAUCAGCAGAUUUAACAAAUAUAAAACGUUUCCCAUGUUGAUAUACAGUUAUAUCAACACCAGUGUUGAUAUACUGUAUAUCAAUACGGAAAAAGUUUUGUAUUUUUUUUUAUAAUAUAGCGCAAAGAAAUGUAAAGAAAGAAAUUUUCCGUGUUGACAUUGAGUUAUGUCUUCACGGCUCUUAGUCAAUCAGCGUUCAGAAUUUACAAAUGUUAUAUUGUGAUUUAUUUUAUCAAACAGAUUGCAACUCUGUUGGAUCUGCUGAGUUCUCAAAUGGCGAAAUUGCGUUUAUUACGCAAUAUUAUUAUUUAUUAUAAUUUUAAUAUAAGUGGGAUGUAGUGUUCUAAAAUAUUAGCUUCCUUAAUUAGUAAGCUGUGGACAGUAUCAAAAAUACUAUUUAUUAAAAGCAUCCGAAUUUGAUAAAAUGUAUCCUUGUUGAGCAGUAUGAGUACUAAACAACGGAUUGUAAUUAUAUCAAAUUAAGUUUCUACUAUAUUGCAUGUCUCUUUUCGGUAGCGGCGCUAAGCUUUUAUCUAAGGGUGGGAGGGGAAGGAGCAACAUAAUAAUUUGAGAAGUCACAAUUCUAAGGGUGGGGGUCCAUAGUAAAAUGGAUUUUGUUUCUUUGAAACAGAAUUUCCUGUAUUGUGGAAGCACUUGGAGAAAAAUGUAAAGGUCUAUCACCUUUUAAUUAACAAUGAAAAUCAUGAUUUCGAAAUUGCGAGUUGAAUACUCGCAAUAACUUAAUUUAGUGGAAGACAUAAUAGUCACAUGGAGCUUUGUCCCUCUCCCCCGCCCUGCGCUAAAAUAUAUUUUCUACUUAUUCUACAGUACAAUAGUUAAGACUCUUUAGAAAUCGGUCUUCUUAAUAUUAGGGUCAAAUACUUCUUGUAUUUUUGGUUCUUAAUUGCCUAAAUUUCUUGCUGUUGGUGCAUGGUUCUUUGUACUUGGUUGAUAAGAAAAUUGAAUUUAUUAUAGGAUAUGAUGAAUUUAUGUUUCCAGCAACCAUGUCUACUUGGCUUUGCCUUCCUGCAAAAAUACGGGAUUCAAAUUGACUUUUCUGGGUCAUUUAGGUUAAGUAUAAAAAAAUGCAUAAAUAAGUAACUUAAAUGUCUGAGUGAAUAAUUAAGUAAGUAUGCGACAAUUUAUAAUUAUAUUGUAUGUUUUUUAUCUUACAGCUACAGUGCAUUUGCCAAUACCUCAGGUAUCAGCCAUGAGUCAACUUCAUUUGUAGGCUGUGUUAAUCGUAAAGUAAGUUUUAAUUAACUCACUUUCAAAAACUCAUUAAUAAUUUACGAGGAAAACACAAAGAAAAAUCAUAAGCGUGUCGUAUUUUUAUAAGUGAAAUAUUUUCCUUGAUUUACAUAAAUUUUAGCUUUGAUUUUCUCGGUUUACACAACGAAUUUUUUGAAAAUUACUUCGCCAAUGAACUACCUCGAUCGUUCUUGAAGCAAUUUAAAAUAUUCGCAGUGCGCGCGCGUUUUAUUAGACGUACUCGGCUUCGCCUCGUAUCUUUAUAUCUAAUAGUUACUGAACAUUCACCGAAGCACGUAAACGAACGUAUAUUCAGUUAUGUUAAUUUGCAAACGUAAGAAAUGUGUAAAUGAACCAUAGAUAUGCAUAUUGUUUGUAAAAUGUGCGCAUUCUAAAGAUUUUAUCAUGUUGUCAGUUAAUCACAAUUUCGAGUUUGAAGCUACGUCGACAUGCAUGUGUAGUCGUGUAUUAAAUCACUAUAGAGUGUUGAGAUUUCCUGACGUACUACUAUCGCAUCGUGCGAAAAUAUGUUUGCAUAUACAAAGUUCUCAUUCUCGUGCAGACAUAUAUAUGUCCAACUAUUUGGACAGAAAAUGUUUGAAUCUUAAACAAGAGAAUACAUUAAUUAGUCGUUCAGCCUUCAAGGUCUUCGUUUUACUCUGGCUCGCCGUGUUUAUAAUGCUGAAAUAUCGUUGAUAUGUACAUGUCCUCGCUAUAAAUCUCGUAGGCCUAAUGUCAUGUUUGAUUCAUGAACGAAUUUAAACUCUUCACAAAUAUGUUUGCCUUUGGCUUUGGGAAUCGAAAAAUUUACGAAACAUACUGUAUUGAGUAGCGCAAUGAUAAUGUCUAUAGUACUGUAUAGACAUCUGGUGCAAUUUUGCCCUUUGGGAAUUGUGUUUACUUUCAUGCAAAUUCAGGGUGUCCCAAAAAAACCGAAAACUAUUGAAAUCACCAAUAACAAUUUAAUUGUUAGAAUUUGAAUGCCUUAGCGCUCUGUUGGUUCCCACGAGUGCAUAAAUGAUUGACACAAGUAAAUUUUAUGCAUAAAGAAACUGUUUAAGAAGCUGUUUUUAAUUCCCAGGAGCAGAAAAUCGCGCGCUUUACCAGGAGAUAUUCCUAACUAAAUUCUAAUACAUGCACCUUGCCAAUAUUUUACGCAUCAUUACGUCCAGCUGUUUGGUAGGGCAUUCAAAUUUAACAAUAAGUGAUAUCAAUAGUUUUCGUUUUUUUGGGACACCCUGUACAGUACAUCAUAUGAUAUGGCACGAGACUGUCGAGUCAUCAAAUUCCACUGAAAAUGAACUAAAUUUUUGUGUACAAACAGCGGCCAGGUCGACUUCCAAAAUUAUAUCAGUUAACAUUCUGCGGAUAUUCUGAAGUAUUCUGAGUUUAAUCAACUAGGUAAAGAAUGGCAUGCAUCAAGCGUGCCAGUUUUUUAGGGAAUGAGCGAGACGUCUCGAGUUAUAACAUCUCAUGCAUGCAAAUUUCGCGUUUACGUUCAGUACGUAAGCAAUCGUAUGUAAAUCACCAACACACUGCCAACUUUCGUGCGAAUAAAUUAUGCCAAACCAGGGGCGCCGGAAGCAAUGUGAAGCGGCGGGGGCAGCCAUUUCAAAAGGGCACUUGCUUCUCAGCCAUCAUUUUUCUGAGCGGCAAUAUUUGUUAAAACGUUACUGUAUGGAUACUCGAUUACUUGUGGCUAUUAUGGGUCGGCAAACUUCGACAUUAAUUUGAACAAUUUUAUUCGUUGCACUAUGCUAAACAGGGUUCGAAAUAACGUUCUGAAUAUAUGUCAAAUUUUUUAGGCUGUUUUUUUUUAGGUGACGUUUUUGCCGGCUGAUUUCCAAGCAAAGUUUAGUUAUGUUCUGGAGUGGGCAUAGGCCAAAUAAUAGUGAUGUAAACCAACACAACAUUUGUAAGAACAUUGCAAUACAUUUUAUUUGGGGUAGGAACAAACUUUAACAAGUGCUAUGUGAAUCAGUUCAAAACAAUAAGAAAAUAUUGUUGCUUUUAUAGCUUAAUAGAACCGAAUUUAAAACUUUUUGUAGGGAAGUUUAAUAAAUACGUCGUAAACGACUAGAAAUCCGUCACCGUUUACAAAAUCUGGUGCUCAGUUCAUUUUGGAUUCUUCUCACUUGACCCCCUAUAGAAUACUAGAGCACUAUAGUUUAGUUGGAAUUACCAGUCACGGUAACUCAGAGUCACUGCUUCUCAUUCCGCCCAGGAGAGGGUCUUCACGACCACUGUCUUCGGAGCUGUCCGACAACUUCCACUGAGAAGAAGUAACUAGCGCGAUUUCUUGACCGGUUCUGUGGCAACUUCCUCGAUAAAUGAACUUCCAUCUCCUCUUCAUUUUCCUCACUCUCCGAUUCCUGUUCGCCCUCAGCUCCAACGUCUUUCAACCAAUCUCUGACUCUAAGGAAUUCUUCCCUCUUGUCCUUUUUGAUGCAUUUCCUCUUGCAGCAUAUUGCUCUCGGUUCCUUUGGGUCUUCCUCCGUGAUUUAUCACUAUUCCAGAGGUCCACAGCAAGCUCACAAAAACGCUAACGGAAAACGUGCAAGGUUGGACCUGUCACUUUAUUGCGCAUUAAAUCAGUCAAGUUGCAUUCGUUCAACCUGUUGCGCCAGCCAGAUUUGACUACACUAAGUACGAGAUGAACGACUCGCCGACCGCAUGCAUUGCCGUACGGGCAGCAGAGACACAGCUCGACCAGUGGCCACAGUUCCCGUGCUUCCUCCAGCUUUAUCUUCCAGUGCAUUGGCCACAGAUCCAUGGAGUCGAUAACAACUUCGUUAUAGUAUGCGGUUUCCGAUCCCUAUGCUCUGAAAUUAAAAAUCGCCGGCAAGGUCCUAAAACUGCCGGCGAUAGCCGGCUGCCAUUUUAAACCCUGAUGAAGGUGCAAAAUAAAAUAGUAAAGUAAAGAUUGCUUAAACAUUGCUUAAACAUUGCUUAAAAAUAGUUAUAAACUCCAAUUCCUGUGAAUAAGCCGCACGAAUUUCGUUGUAUAAUUCCGGUAAAAAGGGCAACCUGUUGCCCCCGUGCUGCCCCCGCACUGUUCGGGCAAUGGGGGCAGUUGCCCCCGCUGCCCCCGUGGCUCCGGCGCCCCUGUGCCAAACGUUUAUCCAAUAAGAGUUUGCUAUUAUACGGUUGAGCACGGAUUGAGUGCUAUCAGCCAAUAGGGAACUGUAGUUUUGACGAUUGUUUCGUUCAGUAAUGAGGCUUUACGUUCGUUUACGUGCUUCGGUGCAUGUUAACUAAUAAAACACUGCUGCUCAUGCUUUAAAUUGUACAUUAACAGUUUUGAAAUACUUUAAUUUGAAAAGUUCAAAUCUUUAAUAACAUUGAUUUAUAUACGACUAUGGGCGUUUAGUGUUGCGGUUGUUUUGGUCCUGUUGGUGGCAAGAAACAUUACUGUGGUACUGAAUGUAAAGCUAAAUAUGGUGGAAAUAUUGUCAAGAAUGUCUAUACGUGGUUUUGGGUGAGAUCGUCACUACCAAAAAGACUGUGGAACAAAUGUAUAGAGUAUAAAGUAAAUGUGGUUCAAGGGAAAGCGGUUUGGUACAAGUUAUAUAAUGACAAUGCUGUUCCAGUAACGGUUAGUUUGCACUUUUAAAUUACCUGAACUCUAUUGCAACCAUUUUAAUAACGACACAAAAUGUGUUCUUAAAUUCUGGUUGGGUUUAAAGAUUUGAUGGAUAUGCUGUGGCGUAUUUCUCUGCAAUUUCAUCCUUUAAAAAGCAUAUAUUUCAAAUUUGGUCACAGUGUCAUCUGUUUUUUAUUUUUAGGGUCGCUGUAAUCAAAACGAACCUCUCGUAAAUGAUGGUGUAAGGAAUAGCAUACAUAUCAGUUACGCUAAACGUGAUUAGCUGAUUUGGGCUACGUUGCAUUAGAUAAUGAAAAGUAUUCUGCCAAACAAUAAGUGAUAACAUGUACUUUUCCCUCUCCGAUGUACCGACUACGUAUACACCAAGUGACCAAACCGGACAAAAGGGAGUCAACAUUUUUUGUUCUUUUUAGUACAUAUCCAUACUGGAAUUUAAAUGCAUUCCUUUAUAGUUAAAAUUUUUGACGUUAAAGCAUUAAUUUUCCAGUUGAAUUUAUUUAUUUUCGUUUGUCCGAAAAAGACAAAACAUUACAUGGUGGGCGCACCCUCCAUUUGUUUUUUCUCGAUUUUCACUUCACACGCAUGUGCAUCAUACUGUACUUGCUCACUUUCCAAAUUAAAUUUCAUCAUAAUUCCAAUGUGAGAUUUAUGUGUUACAAUGGGGAAAUAAAUAUUGGUGUUAAUAGCACGUUUAAUUUUGGAGUUAAUUGAAUAUUCGUUUAAUCAGUUAUAAGAGUGUCGCAACAAACUGCACUCUGCCUAAUCAAAUUGGCAUAAUAUGUUGCAGAUUGUUGUUGUUCCAAAUAUUGUUGCUGACCAGAAAGUAGCGCCUGCGAUAGGAUUAAUGAAAUACCGCAAGGACAACGAGAAACUUUAUGUGAGAUCUAAUGAAACAUGGAAAGUAAUUUGUGAAGAAGAAAAGGUAAUUUGCAAUUAUUUUAUUUCACGAACUCGUAUAUCGAUUCUUUAUCAGGGUUUAUAUUAUUUUAGAACGCUGCAGUAUGCAGUUUGUGCAAUAUUGACUGAAAAUUGUGCAGUAAAGAAUAUAAAUGCGGGUAGUAUUGAAACAAAACAAAACAAAACAAAACAAAACAAAACAAAACAAAACAAAACAAAACAAAACAAAACAAAACAAAACAAAACAAAACAAAACAAAACAAAACAAAACAAAACAAAACAAAACAAAACAAAACAAAACGAAAGAAACGAAACGAAACGAAACAAAGGGGCAGGGAUUAUGGAUAUAGGCGUACGCGAGGGAAAAUUAGCGGGGGGGGGAAGAAAUAUUUUGUAAUAUUCGCAAAAUUUUGUUGAUGGACGUGGGAGGGGUGGGGAUAUUGAACCAUGCUUUUAAAUUUACUUUCCACACAUUUCGGCCGAACUAACAUUUAUAAUUUCCCCAAGUUCAUUUUUUUAUGGGGGAGGGGGGUGUUCAGUCUGAUGUUGCAUAUCAAGAAUAUCAAGACGUUUGCACUAUUGACUGACAAUUCUUACAAUAUGUCUUGUUCUUCCUAUCGUAUUUCGGGUGAAAUAUUUUGCUUUAUAAUUUCUUACCCUUUCUCUGAUAAUAUUCUUCACUACUUUUAAUACCAACCAGCAUGACAAAGAUUUCGCAGAACUGAAGGAAACCCUGGUUCAACUUCAGUCCCAGUUGCUGAUUAUGAACAAAACUGUUAGUGAUAUGAAACGUGAAGGUCAGUAAUCAAGUUAUAAACCCGUACUUUCAAAAUAAAUAUUUUCGCCCAUCUUAAUUAUAAUUCCACAUUUUAAUUUUAAACUUUAUCUCAUCACUGAGCCAUGUAUACAGGCAUAUAUACGUGUAUCACAGAAACUCCAUAUUAAUUUAAAAGAUAGCCGUACGUUUACACGGUACGUGAGACGGCACAUUUAUUGGGAAUAUUGUCAUCACGUUAUUCACGUUGUGUUUAGAGCAAUGGCUUACUAUGUAAAAUAACCCCUCUAGUUUAUAAAUAUUUACAACUCUGAUAAUCAAAUAGUCCAACAUUUCUAUGAUUCUAAAAUAACUGUUUGACACUUUAAUGACUUAUGUAAAUAUCUUAGAGCUGGGGCCCGUUGUAUUAAAACAAAGUUAUUUACUACGAUUUGUAAGACAAAACGCGAAACACUUGCAUUGUCAUUUCCAUUUUUUACUUUUUACAUCAGACGAAAGAAAAAGUUGUGUAAGUUUGUAUUUCCAUGGGGAAAGGAAAGACGGCAUAUAUACAAUCGACCCAGAUGGCAUAGGCGCUUUUCAAGUCUGGUGUGAUAUGACAAAUGAUCGAGGAGGAUGGACUGUGUUUCAAAGAAGACAGAACGGAAAUGUAGAUUUUUAUCGCGGAUGGCAUGAUUAUAGAAAUGGGUUUGGUGACUUAAACGGAAAUUUUUGGCUUGGUCUUGAAAAAAUACAUCGUUUAACAAAAUCUGGUCAAAACGUUUUAAGAGUUGACCUGAUGGAUUUUGAUAGUACAACCGCCUACGCCAAAUAUGGAACGUUCCAUGUAGCUUCAAUGUCGGACAGCUAUACAUUGGCCGUUGGUCGUUAUUCAGGUAAGCAUGAUCUCAUAAUUUACGAUGGCAGAGGAGGGCCACUUCUGACUUCCGACUUCUGACUUCCGAGUUCCGACUUCUGACUUCUUCUGCCUUUCCAGCUAAACACGGCAAAUCCAAACCGAUUG